CUGCUCUUGAGUACAGAGAUAUAGGAAGUGAAUGUAGUUCCAGGCAGAGCAGUGACAGCACACACCAUGCAGGUUGCCGCCAUGAAGGGAACACGAGAAGCAGGUCAGGCAGCAGCCAGGGAGUUUCUGAAGUUUCUGAAUCGUGGAGUUUCUCCAUAUCAUGUGGUGGAGGAGUGCAAGAGCCGCCUCUUACAAGCAGGAUUCCAGGAGCUGAAGGAAGCCGAUCACUGGGACAUCAAACCCAACCACAAGUACUUUGUGACCCGCAAUUACUCCACCUUGGUGGCGUUUGCCGUGGGCGGCCAUUACCAGCAGGGAAAUGGAUUUACAAUGGUUGGAGCCCAUACAGACAGCCCGUGUCUCAGGGUGAAGCGCAGGUCUUGUCGCGGUCAGGCCGGAUAUCUGCAGGUCGGCGUCGAGUGCUAUGGCGGUGGGAUCUGGAGCACCUGGUUCGACCGAGAUCUGACUGUCGCUGGUCGAGUGAUCGUUAAGGAGGGGCACCGCCUGCAGCAUCGCCUGGUCUACGUGGAGCGCCCCAUCCUGCGCAUCCCCCAUCUGGCCAUCCACCUGCAGAGGAACGUCAACGAGAGCUUUGGACCCAACACAGAGCAGCACCUCGUUCCCAUCCUUGCUUCUUCGGUUCAAGAAGGUUUGGAGAAGGAGACCAUGGAUUCGGGAUCGUCCUGUCAAUCCUCCGCUGGAGGCCAAAACCAGACGGAGAGACAUCAUCCUCUUCUGCUCAGCUUGCUCUGUGACCGGCUGGGGGUCAAACCAGAGCAGAUUUUGGAACUGGAGCUCUGCCUGACUGACACCCAACCUGCGACUUUAGGGGGCGCCUAUGAGGAGUUCAUCUUUGGGCCGCGCCUGGAUAAUCUGCACAGCUGCUAUUGUGCCCUUCAGGCUCUUCUCGGCUCCUGUGAGCCCCCAACCUCUCUCGCCAAUGACCCCAACGUCCGGAUGAUCACCCUGUAUGACAAUGAAGAGGUCGGAUCGGAGAGCGCCCACGGCGCCGAGUCGCUUCUGACGGAGCUGAUCCUGCGCCGUAUCUCCUCCACUCCGCAGAACCUCACCGCCUUCGAGGAGUCCGUGCCCAAAUCCUUCAUGAUCAGCGCCGACAUGGCCCAUGCCGUGCACCCCAACUACAUGGACAAACAUGAGGAGAAUCAUCGGCCCCUCUUCCACAAGGGACCUGUUAUCAAAGUGAACAGCAACCAGCGCUACUCCUCCACCGCUGUGACCGAAGCCGUCCUGCGGGAAAUUGCUGGACGUGUUGGAGUCCCGCUGCAGGAAUUCAUGGUGCGGAAUGAUGUGCCGUGUGGCACCACCAUUGGCCCGAUUCUGGCAAGCAAGCUGGGCAUGAGGGUUCUGGAUCUAGGAUCCCCGCAGCUGGCCAUGCACUCCGUGAGGGAGAUGUGCUGCACCUCUGGCGUCCUGCAGACCUGCACUCUCUUCCAGGGGUUCUUUGAGCAGUACCCGGCUGUGAACAGCUGUCUCCUGGUGGACUGAAGAAUCCCGUCAGCCACGUCGUGGACGGAGCACGUGUCCCCUGCCUGCCCGGACCCCCGUUGAUCAUGUGAUGAUGGGUGUGGUGUUUGUGCAAGAGCCGCCCCUUAUUUGUGGAAAUAAACACCUUUUCUGUA